AUGAAAAAUAUGAUCUCCAAGCUCAAGUUUGAGCACGUCGUCUGGAUUGUGGCCUCCAAAGAAUGUAAAUUGCAAAAGCUUCAGAUGGACCUGGCUAAGAAUGUAGGACUGAAUCUAAAAGAUGAUGAGAGUGAAGAUGACUGUUCUUAUAAGCUCUGCAACUUCUUAAAGGAAAAGCAUUGUUUGUUGUUUCUUGAUGUCAUUUGGCAAUCCUAUGAACUUUUCAUGUUGGGGAUGGAACAAGUAACUGCCGAGCAUGGCAAGGAGCAAAAGCGCAAGGUGAUAGUUUUUACGAUGCUCAGCGAGCUAGCUAGUAUGCACUAG